UUUUUUGUUUUUUUUGCUCUUAUUCAAAUUCAAUCUAAAUAAAAUUCGGUUCGGAUUUCGUUUCUUAAUAGUUAAUACCCAACCCGUCUUAUCGUUGCCUGAUCCUAACCGUUGAUCUCUGUACUUUCCGCCUUCACCCACAUAUCAACUUGUAGGGUUUACAGUUGGAGCCGCCGACGCACUUCUACCGUUUUCGCUGCACUUGAUCUCCUUGUCCGUCGGGCAUCAUGGCGGAGCAGACUGAGAAGGCCUUCCUUAAGCAGCCGAAAGUGUUCCUUAGUUCGAAGAAAUCCGGAAAGGGGAAGAAGCCAGGUAAGGGUGGCAAUAGAUUUUGGAAGAACAUUGGGCUAGGGUUCAAGACACCGAGAGAAGCCAUUGAAGGGACUUAUAUUGAUAAGAAAUGCCCAUUCACUGGAACUGUGUCAAUUAGAGGCCGCAUUUUGGCUGGCACAUGCCACAGUGCCAAAAUGAACAGAACCAUUAUUGUCAGGAGAAACUAUCUUCACUAUGUGAAGAAAUAUCAAAGGUAUGAGAAGAGACAUUCCAACAUCCCAGCACAUAUUUCUCCUUGUUUCCGAGUUAAGGAGGGUGACCAUGUCAUUAUCGGGCAAUGCAGGCCCUUGUCCAAGACCGUAAGGUUCAAUGUGCUGAAAGUCAUUCCUGCUGGAUCUACUAGUGGUGGCAAGAAGGCUUUUGUAGCUGCUUGAGAUGGCUAUUUUUGGAAGUGAACAUGCUGCGGCUGAAAAGAUUUAUGUUUCAGAGCUACUAGAUAGUCAAGAUUGUUUUUGCAAGAAUUUUAGUGAUCAUUUUGAUAUGUAUUCUCCAAUUAAUUGAAUUGGUCUGGCAGUUUGAUUCUGCAUUAAACUUCGUAGCCAUUAGGUUUUUUAUAUUUAACUAGCAACUAGUUGAACCAGCAUUAAUUGUAGCUCAUCAAAAACAAUAUUAUAGCUUACAUAUUGCGUCGCAA